AUGACGACUACAACAGAUUCCACGUCAUCAACUACAGAAGCGACGACGGAGAAGAAUAUCGAUUGGUUUCAUGGGGUACUUCAGAGACAAGACGCCGAUGAGAUACUUCAGAAGCACGGCUCGUUUCUGUUGAGAGCGUCGGAGGUUAAUGGCAAAAUGUCGAUGAUUCUGUCGGUUCGACACGACUCGAAACUCCACAAUUUCGUCGUGAAUUGUGAUGCGAACGGAGAGAAUUUCUGGUUCGAAGGGUACCAUAAGGAGAAGACAAUCGAACAGUUGGUACACUGGCAUAUGACAAACGGGAUUCCGGUGACAAAAGUGUCGGGUGUCAAACUGCGGACACCGAUUGGGAAGCCCGAUUGGAUAAUCGAUCACGACAGCAUCGUUUUCAUCAAAAAACUCGGAGAAGGAGCGUUCGGAGAGGUAUCGCUGGCCGAGUGUGAGAUCGGAGGUCAAAAAGUGGAGGCGGCGGUGAAGACGAUGAGAUGUCAGAUGACUCGCGAGACACGGGCGGCGUUUAUGAAGGAGGCGAGACUGAUGAGAAAAUACCAGCAUCCGCAUAUUGUUCGAAUUAUUGGUCUUGCUGUCCACGCCCACCCAUUGAUGAUUUUGAUGGAGAUUUGUCCACACGGAUCUCUUCUCUCGUAUCUUCGCAAGAAUAAAACCAAAACGACACUAUCCGAACGUCUUCGUUUCUGUAUUGAAUCCGCCGAUGGGCUGGCUUAUUUGGAGAAGAAACAGUGCCUCCAUCGUGACAUUGCCGCCAGAAAUUGUCUCCUCUCGUUGACGGACCAAAUCAAGAUUUCGGAUUUCGGAUUGUCCGACGACAAACGUACCGAAAUGCAAGAUGACACGCUUGGAAAAGUUCCAGUCAAAUGGUUGGCGCCGGAAGUGAUGCAGGACAAGUUGUACUCGUUGAAAAGUGACGUCUGGGCGUUCGGCGUCCUCAUGUGGGAGAUCUAUGCGGACGGUGCCGAUCCGUAUCCCGGAAUGACGAACUUACAGACCAGAGCCAAAAUUUUUUGUGAUGAUUAUCGAAUGCCAUUUCCGGAGAUCACGCCUCCUAUGAUUGCGGAAAUCGCUCUGAAAUCGUGUUGGACGAAGUCGCCCGCCGAGCGUGCCACCAUGAAAGCAGUCCUUCUGAAGCUGAAAGAUUUCUCGGCUCCCGCGUCAGAUGUGAGCUUUAAAGAGAGAAAAUGA